AUCUAGCGAUGGAGAAUGGGUUGGACUUGGGUGUCUGACUUCUGCUAUCCACUGAUGAAGCUGACAUUGUCUAUGGGAUUAUUUAAAAACAUAAAUGAGAAGUGCUUAAAACCGAUGCGAACUGUGUCCUGAGUUAGUAACUACAGUCUUAUUCUUAUAACGAUAACAAGUGUUACCUUGACUUGAGAAGGUCGAGACAAUUUCAUUUUUAGAUUGGCAAAUCCCAUCAGCAUCAGAGCCGGGAGGCUGCACUGAGGACGUGGGUGCAGCAGCCGUUUUGCUAAAGCAGUCAAACACGCUGCACUGCUUCAGAUUUAUAGAAUGUUGUAUUUGUAAGUGUUUCAUGAGGUUGCUGGUGUUGCCCGCUUUACACGCAACUACCUUUUUACAUAUAUUGCAUUUAGCUGCAUUUUCAUUAAAUUUAGUAAAGUGAGCCCACACUUUUGAAUGUAUUGCCUUAUCAGCCAUGACUGGAGAGCACAGAAUGACACUGCAUUUGAAAUGAUUAAGGUUAGGGUAAGAGUUAGCCAAUCAGAGGCAUGCGAACGCUUUCGUCACACGGAGCAGAGCGUCCCUCCCAUCUCUCCUGCUAAUCAAAUCUAGCAUCAACCAUUUGAAAAUGCCAGCUAUGUUAGAAUAAAUUAACUUUACAUAAAUACCAAUAGCAGCACUGUUUGUCCAUGAGCUUAUCAAUGGUACUGACCAGUCAGGAACCGGUACCAAUUUAGUUUUGGUUCUUGAUACCCAUCCCUGCCUUCACAGUUGCAUUGAUGUUAUGCUUUUUUGGCUGUCCCAGCAGCCUCUCGUAUGAUGAGUCACAGGACAAAUCGCUGAGAGCGGUCAGCCAUACAACCUCUGCCAACAUACCCACCCCUAUCCCUGGUGAAAAGAAGUCAGUUUUGCCACUGGGAGCUCCCUGACAUCAUCAGCAGACAAUUUGAACUUGGACCAUAGGGCUCAACUUGCGCUCAAGGAGAGACUCUGGGAUGAGCUGGGCGUUGGAGGACUGGGUGGCAGGGCUUUCGGGCCGAGCCCUACAGAAGGUGCGGGAGCUGCAGGACCAUCAGGAGAGGCUUCAGCGGGAGAGACAGCAGAGACAGGUGCAGCUGGACAACGCCGAGGCAGCCCUGAACAAGCAGAAACUGAAGUAUGAGGAAGUGCGGGCGGAGCUGGUUGGCGUGCAGCGAGACCUACAGAGCACUCAGGAGGAGGUGCAGGCAGGGGCACGGGUUCAAGACCGGCUGAUUCAGGAGCUCCAGGUGAAGCAGGCCCAGGUGUGCAGCCUGCAGGGGCAGCUGGACUCUGCCCACUCACUCUCACACUCCCUUGCACAGGAGGUCAAACGAUUGAAGGCGGAGCUGGAGAAGCUGCAGAAUGCCAGCAGCUCAGGGGACUCCGUGCUCUUUUCCACUCCCUACUGGAACAUGUCCACCCCGCAGGAACACAACCGUUCAUGGUGGGAGAGGGAUGAUGGACAUGGAGGUGGUGCCGAUGGCAAACAUGUCAGACAGCAGCUACAGUUCCUCGACUGCAGCCCCAAAGCCGUGCUUGCUGGAGCAUCCCCCCUGUUCCCUCGGCAACGGCAUAGCACCCUGCCCUCCCGCUGCUCCAGCAGCCGGAAAGAUCACUCCACUUCCUCUGGUGUGUUUCCAUGGGAGCGAGAGGAGGCAUCCUCUGUCUCAAGGGGCCAACCAGCCACCUUGUCGCCAUCUGGUGGUGAUGUACCUGACUAUAGAGGCCACAGGGAUUGUGGGAAGGAAGACCUCAGCAACGAGAAUGAGAUCCAGCGAUCUCAGAUCCUCAAGCUGCAGACUUGGGUUCAGUCUCUGGAGCAGGAGAUCCGUUCGGCUUCAGACCAACUUCGGGAGUCUGAAACCCGAUUAGCAGAGGUUCAGGGUGAUCUAGCCGCUCGGGACCAGAACCUGAAUCAGGCCAGAGAAGAGUUGGACCAGGCCAACACCCGAAUUGAAAAGGAGAGAGAUCGGGCCCAGAUGGCGGAGCAGCAGGUGAAGCAGCUGCAGGAUGAGCUGAGCUGUCAGAGGCAGAAUGCAGAGAGCAGCCGCCGCAGUGCCGAGCAGCGCAGGAAGGACCUGGAGAGAGAGCACCAGAAGGAGUUGUCAGAGCUGGAAAAGGAGAGGCAGUGCAUGGAGAGGCAGCACCAACAGGAGAGCAGCAAGCUGAACCAGGAGCUGCAGCAGGCCCGCACACUACACAACACACUGCAGGCACAGUACGAUAAGAUGUUGCUGCAGAAGCAGAGUGUGGAGAAGUACCUGGACACUGUGAAGGGGAAGCUAGAGUGGACAGAGAAGGAACUGCAGGAGGCGCAGAAGAAAGAAACACAGACCCAGAGCAAGCUAAUGGAAGCACUGCGGGAAAGGGACAGCCUAAGCGUGAACAUGGAGCAGAGCAGCCAGCGAGUGAGGGGACUGGAGGAGGAGGUAAAGAGGCUGACCAAGGAGCUGGCGGCGGUGCUGAGCAAUCUGGCAGAGGUGCAAGCCAAGCCAGCCAUCCCUGCUGCACCUGUGGCUCCUGUUCAAUUUACCCCAGCUGGGGACAACUUCCUGUGCUCUGUGCCCCCUACCUGUGAUCGUCGUCACUGUCCUCCGCACGCACAGAGGAAGAAGGCUGAGAGGCAAAACCGUGUGAGGGAGGAGGAUCUAGAGCACCGGGUGAAGUAUCUCGCUGACAGAAUGCCGUGCGAGGGAAUCGACUCUGAACACACCGGGGGGUUUGGGCCCAGCAUGCAGGAGAGACCAAGAGGUGAAAGAGGGAGGGGAAGGUGCACAGAGGAUGGGGGAGGCUCCUUAAUGAGAGAAGAGGAGGAUGAGAGGGGAGAAAACAAGAAAUGCUCAGGCAUUUGUGAGACGGGGGUGCCUGACACAAGAAGCAAGGAGGAGGAUGAUACGGCACCCAGGGUGACUGUGAAAGUCCAAAAGCAAGGCUGCAGCAAUGGUGAUGCUGAUACCCCGCUGGAAGGCAUUUGCACAAGCUCUGGGGAAUUGCACAACAUGCCCUCCUUAGAGGAUUUGAGGAAGGAGAAUGUGGGUCUCUGGGACAAGCUCCGGGAGGCUGAGAGAAAGCUGGAGCUGAGGCUGGAAGACCUGCAGACCCAUAGAAUGGCGGAGUCGGAGGCCAGGACCAAGCUGAAGCAACUGAGCCACAAGCACUCCUCCCAGGCUGAGCAGCUUCGGCACAAGACCCAGGAGCUCUGGGAGGAAGGGGGGAGGCUGGAGAAACAGUUGGAGGAGGAGAGAAGCAAGAGCAGCAGGCUGACAGAAGCCCUGGCCACCCUGGAAUUGGAUUUCAGGAAGGAACAGGUGGAGCGGGAGAAGGAGAAAGCAAUGGAGAAGGCCAAGAGUGACAAGCUAACAGCAGACAUGGCAGUGCUGGAGUCAGAGCUUAGGAAAGCACAGGAGGGCAGGGAGAGAGAGAGGAAAGAGGAGGAAAGGCAGAGAUUAAUAAAUGAGGAACACAGGAGAGCUGUGAUGGAGAGGCUCAUAGAACUGGAGAUGGAGCUGGAGGAGUGGCGAGGCAGAUGGCAGAAUGUGAACGAUGGGGCCAAAAAAACUUUCAAACUUCUGGCGCUGGGAUACAGUACUAACGAGAACUUUAACAAAAGUGAUAUCACUUUUCUUAAAGACAAUGAUGUAAUUCCAUUUCCACAUGAAUGCCCCCCUAUCUCUGAUUCUGCCAAUCAACAGAAGACCUUGGAGACUGGGAAAAUCAACUCAAUUACUAAGGAGGCUGGCCAUACUGUGGAACCUCCCAGACAGAAAACAGUGGCUGAUCUGGGGACCCCUCUUAUAGAGAGAGGGAAAGAGGAGCAAAUGAAGUCGGAGAGUGCGACAGAUUCGGAUGAGAUGAUAAUGCUGCUGCUGGAGGUUGAGCAGCUCCGGGGCACCUGCGAGGCAAUACGUGGGGAAAGGGACCAGGAGGCUGGGAGGGCCAAGCAGGCUCAGGCCAAGUUGGAGGUCCUUCAGAGCCAGGUAACCAGCCAGACCAAGCAGCUGACCCUGGGCUUCGAGAAACAGAGCAGACAUAUUGAGGACCUGCUGGAGGAGCUACAGGACAGAGACACCGCCCUCCAGAGGCUGGAAGAGGAACUGCAGGGCUGUCUUGGUGGAACUCCAGUCCCAGGUCUCUAG